CCAGAAAUUAUAAAACCCAGUCAUCAAGAUUAAAACCCUUCCACCUUCUCCUUCCCCCCAAAAAUCAAAAACCAAAUAAAACCAAAAUUCCGACCCUUCUUUCCCACUCUCAUCCUCCUCCCUCCGCCUUCAUUCCACUCCGCCGCUGCGCUUCCCCUCUCCCUAUCUCUGUACUCAUUUCCCAUUUCCCCGGCCAUGGGUGCGGCGCUUCUCCCAGAUCUCGGCACCGAGAUUUUCAUCCCGGUGUGCGCCGUCAUCGGCAUCGCAUUCGCCCUCUUCCAGUGGGUGCUCGUCUCCCAAGUCAAGCUCUCCCCUGUUUCUCCUUCCUCCGGCAGCAGGGACUCCUCCAACAAGAACGGAUACAACGACUACUUGAUCGAGGAGGAGGAAGGUCUGAACGACCACAACGUCGUUCUCAAGUGCGCCGAGAUUCAGAACGCCAUUUCCGAAGGCGCGACAUCUUUCCUCUUCACGGAGUACAAGUAUGUCGGGAUCUUCAUGGUUGCGUUCGCAGCCUUGAUCUUCGUGUUCCUUGGCUCGGUCGAGGGGUUCAGCACGAAGCCACAGCCUUGCAGCUAUGACUCUCAGAGAACUUGCAAGCCUGCCCUGGCUACUGCUGCUUUCAGCACCAUAUCUUUCCUGCUCGGUGCGGUCACUUCAGUGGUUUCUGGGUUUCUUGGCAUGAAGAUUGCUACCUACGCGAAUGCCAGGACGACUCUCGAGGCGAGGAAAGGUGUUGGCAAGGCGUUCAUUGUGGCUUUCAGGUCUGGUGCGGUCAUGGGGUUCCUUCUCGCUGCUAAUGGCCUUGUGGUGCUAUUCAUUACCAUCAAUGUGUUCAAGAUCUACUAUGGUGAGGACUGGGGUGGCCUUUUUGAGUCGAUUACUGGUUAUGGUCUCGGUGGUUCUUCCAUGGCCUUGUUCGGGAGAGUUGGUGGAGGGAUUUACACCAAGGCUGCUGAUGUUGGUGCUGAUCUCGUCGGGAAAGUUGAGAGGAACAUCCCCGAGGAUGAUCCUAGAAACCCCGCUGUGAUUGCUGACAAUGUGGGUGAUAAUGUUGGUGAUAUUGCCGGUAUGGGAUCUGAUCUUUUCGGAUCGUAUGCCGAGGCAUCCUGUGCUGCCCUUGUUGUAGCAUCCAUUUCUUCCUUCGGUAUCGACCACGACUUCACCGGGAUGCUGUAUCCUCUGCUGAUCAGCUCAAUGGGUAUCGUGGUUUGUCUGAUCACCACUCUCUUUGCAACUGAUUUCUUCGAGAUCAAGGAGGUCACAGAAAUCGAACCCGCAUUGAAGAAGCAGCUCAUCAUUUCCACCGUGCUGAUGACUGUUGGAAUUGCCAUCAUUACCUUCAUCAGUGUUCCAGCUACCUUCACCAUCUUCAACUUUGGAACCCAGAAAGUCGUCCAUAACUGGCAAUUAUUCUUGUGCGUUUCUGUUGGUCUAUGGGCCGGCCUUAUCAUUGGAUUUGUGACCGAGUACUACACAAGCAAUGCUUACAGCCCGGUUCAAGACGUUGCUGACUCCUGCCGUACCGGAGCUGCAACUAAUGUCAUCUUCGGGCUCGCAUUGGGAUACAAAUCCGUCAUCAUCCCUAUCUUCGCCAUUGCAGUCAGUAUCUACGUCAGCUUCAGCUUCGCCGCGAUGUAUGGGGUUGCAGUAGCUGCCCUCGGAAUGCUCAGCACCAUCGCCACCGGUCUGGCAAUCGACGCUUAUGGUCCCAUCAGUGACAACGCUGGAGGAAUUGCAGAGAUGGCAGGAAUGAGCCACAGAAUCAGGGAGAGAACUGACGCCCUUGAUGCUGCAGGCAACACCACCGCCGCCAUUGGCAAGGGUUUCGCCAUUGGUUCAGCCGCACUCGUCUCCUUGGCCCUCUUUGGCGCCUUUGUCAGCAGAGCAUCCAUCUCGAAAGUCGACGUGCUGACCCCCAAAGUGUUCAUCGGCUUGAUCGUCGGAGCGAUGCUUCCGUACUGGUUCUCCGCCAUGACGAUGAAAUCCGUGGGAAGUGCUGCCCUGAAGAUGGUUGAGGAAGUCCGCCGUCAGUUCAACACCAUCCCUGGACUGAUGGAAGGCACAGCCAAGCCCGAUUACGCAACCUGCGUCAAGAUCUCCACCGACGCCUCCAUCAAGGAAAUGAUCCCACCUGGCGCCCUCGUCAUGCUCACACCACUCGUCGUCGGCAUCUUCUUCGGCGUCGAGACUCUCUCCGGUGUCCUCGCCGGUUCUCUCGUGUCUGGUGUCCAGAUUGCCAUUUCUGCUUCGAACACCGGUGGAGCGUGGGACAAUGCUAAGAAGUACAUCGAGGCGGGCGCUUCGGAGCACGCCAGGACCCUCGGUCCGAAAGGUUCCGACCCUCACAAGGCUGCGGUCAUCGGUGACACCAUCGGAGACCCGUUGAAGGACACUUCGGGGCCGUCGCUCAACAUUCUGAUCAAGCUCAUGGCUGUGGAGUCGCUGGUGUUCGCGCCGUUCUUCGCCACCCACGGUGGCUUGCUGUUCAAGCUAUAAACAAACAAUCAAUGGGGAGAUUGGAAGAGAGGGGAAGGGGCAAAGGACUGAUGUUCUGCCCCAAAGAGAGAUUUCUUCUCAUAUAAACAUUGUAGCAAGUUGCUAGUUUUUUGAGUCAUUGAAAUCGUUUCUUUCCUAUUAGGUGGGGGAGGAAAUUUUCCGCUAGGGUUGAUGAUGAAGAAAAGGCAACUCUGUGGGUUACUUGAGGAACAAUUUACCGAGAGGAUUGUUGUUUUGUUGUUGUAGCCUGUAGGGUUCAGUGUCAGUUUGUAGGAAAAUCAUUUUGUACCCCUUUUAACUAGUUUAAAGCCUUUAAUGACGGUUUUGGUAUUAAUAUUUGUGAAACUGUAUCGGUUUGAUCUAAUUAUAAAUUUUUUAUUUAUUUAUAAAA